GUGGGGUCAGCAAGACCAACUCUACAGCUAUGGGAGAAUCUGCGUUCACCUCUUUUCCAAGCCCACCUGUUCUGGGGAAGCUGAAAAGAAACAUGAUGCCCCGGGCUUUACAGAAGAAACGAGAAAUCCACAUGGCCCAGGCCCAUCGGAGACGAGCUGCGAGGUCUGCUCUGCCCAUGAGACUCACCAGCUGCAUCUUCCAGAGGCCGGUGACAAGGAUCAGGUCUCAUCCUGACAACCAGGUCAGGCGCAGGAAAGGGGAUGAGCACCUGGAGAAGCCUCAGCAACUCUGCGCCUACCGGAGAAUGCAGGCCCUGCAGCCCUGCAGCAGCCAAGGAGAAGGUUCAAAUCCACGGCAUUUGGAGAGCGUCUUAAGUAUCCUUGCACUGGGGAUGGCCGGUGACUCUCCUCCGGACAGAGCUGGUGCUGAGCGUGUGCACAGCCGGCCCGAGCCCACCCCUGGGCAGUUUCCAGCUGUGGCAGGGGGGCCAACCCCAGGAGUGGGUUGUCAGCUCCCACUGCCCCUCUCUGGCCAAUUGGUGACUCCUGCAGAUAUCCGGAGACAGGCCAGGAGGGUGAAGAAAGCCAGGGAGAGACUGGCCAAGGCCUUGCAGGCAGACAGGCUGGCCAGGCAGGCAGAAAGGCUGACAGGAAGAUGAAGCGCAGUCCUGGACUUUGGGUCCCUUUCUUUUAAUGUCCAUCCUCUUUCCUACUCUGAAUUGUCACACUUUUUCCUUCCCCACCAGUUCUUUAAUAAAAGUAUUUGAAAGGCAACA